AGGAAGCAUGCACUUCACUGAAUCAUCCCACUUACAAUAAUCGAGAGACACAAGAAUUGAACUAUUGAUUCCUGUGGCAGUUCUAUUGUUUUAUGUAAUGACCAAUCGAUUCUUCUUCUGGUCUGCAGAAUUGCACUCCACUGAGGGGUGCGUGUUUGGGUGUAAUGGUGCUCUGGUUAAUAGUUGGUCGAUUUUGCUACGGGAGGAUUUUUAUUGGGGAACAUAUGAAGGCUACUGAUGUGCCGAACACCUUACAGGUUACUUAAGUGAUGUAUUAAUGCCUCUCUGUCUCUGUCCGUCACCAGAUAUCACCAUGACCCAGAAUCUGCUUCUCAACACGACAUGGGAGAGAGUGAACCCUCCCAAUUCCUCAAGAUUGCAGGAGCAAGCUUUGACCCACCAGAACAUCACCUACGUGGAUUUCUACCUCCACAAGCCCUCGGUGGCUGCCGUCUUCACCAUCGCCUACCUGCUGAUCUUCGCGGUGUGCAUGGUCGGCAACGGGGUGGUGUGUUUCAUUGUGCUGCGCAGUAAAAACAUGCGCACGGUCACCAACCUGUUCAUCCUCAACCUUGCCAUCAGUGACAUGCUGGUUGGCAUCUUCUGCAUGCCAACCACUCUAGUGGACAACAUCAUAACAGGAUGGCCAUUUGGUAGGGUAGUGUGCAAACUGAGUGGCAUGGUUCAAGGCAUAUCUGUCUCAGCAUCUGUGUUCACUCUCGUGGCAAUAGCUGUUGACAGGUUCCGCUGCAUUGUCUACCCUUUCAAGCAGAAGCUGACCAUCGCGAACUCCAAGCUUAUAAUCGUCAUCAUAUGGGUCCUGGCUGUGUCCAUCAUGUGUCCCUCAGGGGUCAUGCUCCAGGUCACAAAGGAGCAGAGGGUGCGUAUUGUCCUCGGCCGCAACAAUGAUACCCGCCCCUUCUACUGGUGCCGGGAAAAUUGGCCCAAUCAGGAGAUGCGGAAAAUCUACACCACUGUCCUCUUCGCCAACAUCUUCCUCGCCCCUCUCAGCCUUAUUGUCAUCAUGUACGCCCGCAUCGGCUUCACCCUCUUUAAGACCGCCAUUCCUCCGAUGAGGGUCGGCGGAAUUGUGCCUGGCGAGGGGAGCGGCAUCAACAAGCUGAGCAUGGAAAGUUGUCACACAAUUUCGAGUAAGAAAAAGAGGGUGAUCAUGAUGCUGCUGGUUGUGGCUCUGCUCUUCGUAAUUUCCUGGCUACCCUUGUGGACCCUCAUGAUGCUAAGCGACUACGCCAGCCUUGCAGAGCACCAGUACCGCGUCAUCAAUAUCUACGUGUAUCCCUUGGCUCACUGGUUGGCCUUCUUCAACAGCAGCGUCAACCCCAUCAUCUACGGGUUCUUCAACAAGAACUUCCGCAGGGGCUUUCAGGCGGCUUUCAAAUUCCAACUGUGCUCUGCUGAAAUACAGCACCAGCGAACGUACUCCCAUCGGAUACGAGGGAAUGCUGUGCUGCCCGUCCAGCCUGCCAUCCUCAGCAGAUCAGGCUCGAGAGCAGGAUCAGUGUUUGUGAGGAAUGGGAAGUGCUCAUGUCAGGAAGAGGGGCGUUUGUCUGGUAGACAUGAUGUUAAUGAACAGGACCUGAUCUUGGAAGACCUGGAAAAGGUGUCCCAUAUUUAGAUGGCCAGAGGGUGAAGAGCACAGCACUUUAAGAGCCUCUCAAGGUUUUUGGACAACAACGUUUAAAGGACCAUGGAAAACAGACCUCAGAAAUAUGUAUACUUGUGAAGGUACUUUCAGCCUCUGCAACAUGCAUCAUCGGGAAUCAUUUUGUGAAUGUUUAUCAUUGUGUAUAUAAACAGAUAGAGCUUAAAGUCCUCAUAAACUUGAUUGGUUUGAUUUGUCCAUGAACAAACAAUCACCAACUGCCAUCAGAGUCGGAUUCAACUGUUGCUAAAUCCUGAUUAGUGGAUGGGAAAUAUGAUCUUUUAAGGUAAAUCCCAAACCACCUCAAACCAGAAGUUUGUGCUACAUACUAUAUCCAGCACAAAUAACUAAAAUUCUCUCAUGUGAAAUAACCAAAACAAUUCUAACUGAAGCGAAAAUCGGGAUGCAGCCAACGUGUAGCACCAAAGACCUCCUGAGGAAAUGAGAGUGAGAAGUGACCGGAGAUAUAAUCUGAUUGUUUACAUUCUGUGAACCAAACCAAAGCCCCCUCCCCUUUGAGUCAUACCCACCAACCUCUGGCAUGUGCAUUCAGUAGGAGACACGAUUUAAUAGCUGUCUCAAAUCAGGGGCUGCAUCCUUCAGUUGUGUCACAGCAGCACGACCAGGCUGUCCCAUUUCAAAGGCUCCUUCAAAUGCGUCCUUCUAUCCUCACAAAACGAAAGGUCCAACGGGUGGAUCCUUCCCAGCUAAAUAUAUUCCUGGAUUCAUUUUGCUUAAGCGACUAACCAUUUAUCAGAACUGUAAUAGGACAAGAUGUCUCUUUGCGCUUCAAAUCAUUCGAAUAACUAACGGAACACUUAGGGGUAUUAAUACUAUCUCGGCAUCUACAACUUCAGCUCUGUUGCUUGGAAACAACAGUAAGGUGAGGGGCAGGCUGGUGAGGCAGAUAUAUAUACAGAUAUCCUCUGUAGACCAGACAAUCGUACUUCGGUUUAUGUGGCCCACAAACUUUGCCUCUUUUGUGGACUACAUAGACCGGGUCUUGUGAAGGAUGCAGCCCACAAAUUUAGACACAGCUGCUGUCUCCCGCUCAGAACAGUGAUGGAAACAAGACACCCGGAUGGUUUGGUUUCUUUUAAGGGUGUUUAAUAAGGGCAACAAACCCGUCUCAGUCGUCUGUGGCUCUUUGCAAAUUCCAACCACAAAAUCAAUCUGUCUCCAGACAUUUGAGUUGAGUUUGAAGAGGACGAAGCUAAAUUAACAAAAUGCCAUACUUAGUGGCCUCCAUGACCGGAAAAAAAGACAAUAGGCAAAUGGAUAUUUGAAGAAAAGUUAAUUGCCUUUGAUGCCGGUUUACCCAUGUUUAGAAAAACUUCCACACCUCAAAAGACUUCCUCGUCUUGGUGUUAUAAGGGGACAACUGUGUUGACUCUAUUACAGAUUCACUUUGCAGGUGCCGUUUAACCUUUGAGAUUCAGCGAACGCCACAGCGGCACAGCGCGAUCAGACUUUAAUUCAGAGGGGCUCUGAACAUUACUCUUACUGCUGCACAUUUUGAGGCUUUCAGGCGGGGGUUGACAGUUGAAGAAUAGGAUUACUUUCAAGAGUGAAGUGUGAGGCGGUGUGUAGAGAGCUAUGUCACCUACCUCUAGUCAAAGUGCAUGCUGUAGUGCCUCAGGGCGAUCGGUGCGGGGCUGAUGGCUGCGACGUGCUGCGGCAAAGGGAGAAAGAUCACAGGCUCAUUUGGAAAGCCUUUAUGUGCCCUCCAGUUAUCUGGUGACAGCAGAGCAGAUAAGAGGCUUACCAUGACAAGAGAACAAACAAGGACAUGAUCAUAAUGCGAUAAUACCUUAUAGAGAAAAGGGGUAUGGCCAGUAUUUAACCGUUGGAGAAAAAUUGCCAUCAGUUGAAGACAAAGCUUAUAAAUUUAAAACUCACAACGAACUACCCAAGGCAUGGUCCUUCAUUCAGAACCAUUUGAACAUGAUUAGUCCUGAGCUGUGUUUAAGUCACUGUUUGACCUUCUGGACUCAAAUAUACACCUGAACCAUAGAUUCUGUUUGUUGUUUUCUGGAAACUAUAGGUUCUGUACCCCAUUUCCACAUGCACAUUGAAAACAAUUUGUGAUGUGUUAUUGACCAGGGAUGCUGCUAUUCUAGCUGAACAGUGCAUAUAUUUGACAGAUAUUCAUUAAGAAAAAGGUUGUACAAUUGCCAUUUUUAACACUAUUUGAUAAGUCACAGUAAACAAUGUGUCUUGAAGGGACGUACAGUUUUUGUCCACUAGUAGUGCUAUGGAGCCAAUCUAAGAUUUGGUUAUGGUUUUAAUUUUCAUCAUGUACAAGGACAUACAUGCACAUAAUGAAAUGUACAUCAUGGUUGACAAUUGCUGCAAUAGAAUGAACGAACACAACAAGCUGACGUACAUGGAAGGGAACAAUCCAUGGUAUAAAAUACUUUAAAAAUACAUUUUUGUACAUGUUGAGAGGAAGAGGGAGUUGCAUUGUACAAGUAGGCUGCUGUUUGCUCCGUAUUAUGUUCUGAAAUGUGUCAUAAUAUUGAUGUUCUUAGUCAAGUAAUUGGUACUCUCUUUGUUGUGCUCUGCAGUGGUACUUGUGCAUACUUCCCAUGAUUAUAUCAGUGUGCUAAGCCAAGCAACUCGUUCUUUUAACAGAGUUCAUAUUGUUAAGUUCUGCACAUGCAACAUGAUUUGAAAGCAUUCUUAAUGAAACUUCAUUAUUUAUAUUUUAACUUUGAUGAUGUUAGCAGUGUUUGAAUUAACAGAUCUGAUUGCACUGAUCAGAUGUGGUUAUUAUCAGCCCAAGAUCUUUGUGUACAUAAAUAAAAAUGUUCCUGAGGCGAUGAAAUUAUGAAGGUGUAUGAAUGUGAUUUAAUAGUUUUUUGUAUUUGUGUACACAAAUAGAUAAUUGUAAUAUGUCAUAAACUGUAUAUUACAAUUCAUAUUUUUUGCUUGCUACAUACAUAUUACUUAUUUGGGAAAAAAAGGACUAACUGUACAGCCAGUGUGAUUUUGCUGCUUGUUUGUGUAUUGGGAAUACAGAUUUUCAGUGUGCUAAUAAAAAAUGAAAAUUU